AUGGACGGCUCAGCACGCUAUGCCAUACUGAAACGACUCAAACGCAUCGCUUCCACGCCCGAGGCAGUACUCGAGCAAUGUGGCUAUCCCGCUUUCAUCGCACACUUGCCCCGAGAGCCCUCGAGCAGUCGACCACGAAAGCGAGCUAGAAUGAGUCCAGAGCGAGAGCCGAUAGCCUCUACCGAUGAUCUACUGACCCCAUCUGAGCUCGAGACUGCAUCGGAAGAUCCUGUCGGCCGUCGUACAAGGCCAAAGACGGCUUCCUCUGACGAAGCGCGUCAGGCGGAUUCAGUACUGGCCGACGAAAAGGCAAGCGAAGCGGAGCACCUCGCUCGGAUAGAGUCUCAAGACCCGUGGAACGAUGACAAGCCUGACAAUCCUUGGGGGUUUCCAGAGAGGAUCGUGCAAGAGCAUCCUGCGCUCCGUCUGAGAAACUUCUUUGUACUUCAGCAGCAUCACGCAACAGCAAAGCAUUUCGAUCUGCGACUGCAGAGCCAGUACAUACGCGACGGUGUGGGGCCUUGUACACUAUCGUUCGCCCUACCAAAGGGAUUCGAGGGGUUCAGGCCGGAUAAGCCCGCACCUGUUCGCAUGGCAGUCGAAACGCAUCUCCAUCCAAUCGAUUACACGACUUAUGAAGGCGUCUCCGUCGGAACCACCAUCGUCUGCGAUAUCGGCAGCUAUACCAUGAGAUCUUCAUAUGCGGCGCUCAGACGAGGAGAAGAUCAGGAUGCCGAUACGCAAGACGAAAUCGGUCGGCCCGGCUCGGCAGAUGAGGAGGCUCUCGCGCAACAGUACCGCAAUAGAUCCAUCACCGUUGAACUGAAAGGACGUCAUCAUCAUUUCAUUGUCAAUCUCAAGCUGUCAGACAACAAUACAAAAUACACCAAGCCCAAGGGAUCCAAGCCUGGCGUGACAGAAGUCAAGCGAAGCUGGCUCUUGCAAGUUCGACAUCCUCGAAAACACAGAAACGUUCCGUUCAGAUCGCCAUACGCUGUGUGGCCGUCCAACUCGGAUGACUUUACUUCACUCUUUACCGGAAAGACGAUCGCUCAAGUCAAGGCGGAAUAUGAGGCAUCGCUCCUCAGAUCAACACUGAAGGAGAAAGAGGAUCGCGCACGGAAAGUCGAGCGCGACAGAGCCUUGAAGCCUCUGACGAGGCAGCUGUUGCAUUGA